CUGAGAGCAGCAGCGGCGGCGGCAGCAGCAGCAUCCGGAGGAGGAAGAGCAAUCAACGCCCUAGCUUACAGCCUCACCGCCCGCCUGCCUCCUACCCUCCCUCCCUCGCUCCAUCCAUUCGUCCAGCCACUCAACCGACUCGUCUCCUGCUCGCCAGGCCGCGCAGGUGCCUUCCCGAGCGCACCCCAGGACCGAGCAGAGCCCGUGAGGACGGAUGGCCUUUUAACGUGCGGUUGGAGCCAAAGCAGGAGAGACAUGCCGCCGUCUUCCUUCUCCUCCUUUUGCCUCCUCGUCGUCCUCCUCCUGCGCACGUCUUCCUCCCCCGCCUUGGCUGACAGGCUAGUCGGUUGUCUAUUUGAGCAAGAACUGUGUACGCCAUUCGAGCUAUGCGUCAAUGACGGGAUGUUCGGGAGGUGUUACUCCAUCCCGGUGAGCGACGUUUACUCCUACGAUGUCACCCUGCCCGUCGUACAACAUUUUCGACUGCUACUGGACAAAAUGGCCAAUACGGGUUUGACGUGGCAGGACGACACCACCCAGCAUGUUCUGGCCAAAGAACUCUCCAAAGUCAGGAAGAUUCCUCAUCGACUACCAAUGAGCGCCGCCGCCGGCAACAAGGACGGCAGGCCGGCGGCCGAGGCGAUGGACCCCGUAGAUCGGAGGCUGAAGCCGGUGAAGGCAGAGCUUAGCAGAAACUUGCAAAUGUACCUCCAGCGUCUCGGAAUUCUCCCGAAGGCGGGCGGCGGUGAAAGCCUGAGGAAGAGCGGUCAAGUCCAGUCAGACCUGUACAGCUCCAGGUCUGACCCGACGAGUACCAAGGCGUCUUCAUCCUUCAGAGUGAAGGAGAACCCAUCAGCGGAUCGGCUCCAAGUUGUCCUUAACAUCCUCAGGGUGCUUCUCGCCGCCCAUCCUGAUGCCUCAGCACGCCUCAGACCCGUCUACAGCCAGGGAAUAGAAGCUUCUGACCCCAGGAACUUCAAGUCCAGACCCAAAACUCCAGGGGGUCCUGCCAAGGAGCCUCUUACGUUAGUGGAUGAGAAGUUCAUCCAGAACGUUUUGAAGAACAUCGGCAGGCAACACCUGGACGUGGACAAUCUGACACCGCAUGACAUGGACCAGCUGUCAAACCUCAUCGUGGAUGCUUUGCAAGUGGUGGACAAAGACCGUACCGCAGACCGGGAUCAGGUCCGACCCGGGCCGAGAGACUUGGGAGAUGAGCUGAGUGACGGCAAGGAAGAAGAAAAGAAGGGAAAUAGCAGAGAUGAGGAGAAUGUGGCGGAAGCUUCAACUGUGAAGAUGACCUCUUCUGACCCACCUCAAGAAGUCCAAUCACCGACUAAUGACGACAAAGUGAAGGACGAGGCUGGUGGUGAAAAUGUUUUCAGCAAACUUCUGGCCUAUUUGGACCAAAGAGCUUCUUUCCCUUCCACAUCUUCUCCUCCUCACCGUCAGUCGGGUCUGGAGAACGUUCGUAGCCGCACCAGUGAGGUGGGCUUGUCAGUCCAAAAGAAGGACACCACACAGUCAGUGGAGGAGGUGUCAGAGGUGGCGGGCUGGGUGAAGGAGGUGGCCCCGCCACCGGCCGCCGUCAAAUACCAGGAAACGCGUCAGAAGAUGUCAGACGAACUCCAGCUGGAUGUCAAGGCCGCAGGGAAGGAGGCAGAUGACGUCUUUGGAUAUGUCAUCACGGACACGGACGGUCUUCAGACGGACCAAGGUCUGCACAUGAUGGAGAUCCUGGCUCGCAUGGCCAGAAUCCAAAUCACCGACUUUGCCGAGUUGUCGGUGGUGGGCCCUGCUGUGACGUUCAAAGUGAGCCCCAACCGGCAAAAUGUCAGCACAGCGUACGUGGCACGAGUGGCCGUGGAACAGAAAGCGUCGCUGGAGAAGGAAGCCAAGCUCCGCAUCCUGGAGGCGGGAGUUGCAGAUGGCAGCGAGAUCUCGGCGAUCCCAGGCAAGUACAGCCAGGCCGAGUCCACCAAGUUCCUGGCCCUGACGGUGGCGUCCAUCUUGUGCAUCGCCGGCGUGCUGCUGGCGUCGAGCGUGCUUUAUUGCCUGCGGCACAGGUCGCACCACAAACUCAAGGAGAAACUCAGCAACUUGGGAACGGACGCCGGACAAGAUGCCACCGCCACCUACCAGGAGCUCUGCCGUCAACGCAUGGCGGUCAAGCCGCCGGCGGAUCGUGCGGAACCGACGUCGUCCAGGAUCAACAGCGUGUCUUCGCAGUACAGCGACGGCGGCGGCGGGGGCGCUUCAGCCGUCAGCCCGUCGGCCCGAAGCAGCCUCUCGUCCUGGAGCGAGGAGCCCGCACAACCCAACAUGGACAUCUCCACCGGCCACAUGAUCCUGUCGUACAUGGAGGACCACCUGAAGAACAAGAACCGCUUGGAGAAGGAAUGGGAGGCGCUUUGUGCCUAUCAAGCCGAGCCCAACGCCUGCACGGUUGGCCUGAAGGAUGGCAACGCGAAGAAGAACCGAUCGCUCGCCGUGGUGGCCUAUGAUCAUUGCCGCAUCACCUUGCGACUGGAGAACAGCCAAGGCAACUCGGACUACAUCAACGCCAGCCCCAUUAUGGACCAUGACCCUCGUAACCCCGCCUACAUCGCCACGCAAGGCCCGUUGCCAUCCACCGUGGCCGACUUCUGGCAGAUGGUUUGGGAGAACGGCUGCGUGGUGAUCGUCAUGCUGACGCCGCUGGUGGAAAACGGCGUGAAACAGUGCUACCAUUACUGGCCUGAUGAGGGCUCCAAUCUCUACCACAUCUACGAGGUUAACCUGGUGUCGGAGCACAUCUGGUGCGAUGACUUCCUGGUACGUAGCUUCUACCUGAAGAACAUGCAGACCAACGAGACGCGUACAGUCACGCAGUUCCACUUCCUGACCUGGCUCAACCAGAACGUACCCGAGACCAGUCGCACCCUCCUGGACUUCCGCAGGAAGGUGAACAAGUGUUACCGUGGACGCGCUUGCCCAAUCAUCGUGCACUGCAGUGACGGCGCCGGCCGAAGCGGGACGUACAUCCUGAUCGACAUGGUCCUCAACCGGAUGGCAAAAGGCGCCAAGGAGAUGGACAUGGCGGCCACGCUGGAGCACCUGCGAGACCAACGACCCGACAUGGUGCAGACCAAGGAUCAGUUUGCGUUUGCGUUGACGACAGUGGCCGAAGAAGUCAAUGCCAUCCUCAAAGCGCUUCCUUAGUAGGAAGCAGCGAUCCGGCAACUCAGCCAGCCAGUCAGCGAGCCAUCCUGCUCCUGUUGUUCUUGGCCGCUUUGCCGUCUGACGUGCAUUCUUCUUCUUCCCCCUCGUCAUGAUUCCAAUGAAAAGGUUAUUUUUUUUUCAUUUUAACUCUGUCAUUGCCAUCGACGGCAAAGAUCCAUUUUUACCGGGCUGGCAGUGAAUGAGUUGAAUACCCUGAAAACAAAAUGUAUUUCUGUAGCUUGAAGAUUUUCCUCUCCUCAUAUCUGACGUGAUGUUCAUUUUGUUUCUCUUCGUGACCUCCCCCGAGGCACAAAUUGAGUUUUGAAAUGAAUAGAACGCACGGGGAGUUUUACAUACACGAUUUACAGCGGCAUCUCGACUUGCGAAUUUUUUUGCUUUGGGUUCGGAACCAAAAUUUGAACAGUCCAAUGGUCCAAAACACAAAUGCAAAAUGAAAACACUCGCAAGGAGCUUGUGUAGGCCACAGCUCAAAUGUAGACGCUGACUCUCUAGGCCACGCCCCUUAAAGGCACACAGCCAACAUGUCAGAACUGUCAUUUAUUUACAUUGUUUUUUUUUUUUAAUGCGUUUUGUACAAUAUGCCCAUGCAUAUAACAAACAUAACAAAGCGCAGCUGUAACAUAACAAUACAACAGAGCAUAUAACAUAAAACAUCGACAAUCCUAACAGCUAUUCCUGCCUCCUACGCCUUGAAGCGGUUAUAGAUGAAAGCGGAGAGAAUCAUUCUCCUUUCACCAGUGCUCCCCGAGACGCCGUCAUCACACCAGGCAUGACGUUACGCACGUCCGCUACAAGCAAAGAAAGUAAGAAGAAAGUAAACGAGAGCUGCAGCGCCCAUUGACCCACACAGAGAUCGGUUCAGUUCUCCUGUCCCAACAUAACCAAAAAUUUGACACCGAAUGAUCAACCACGUGAUCACGCUUCAGAAUUUUUAAUACUCUCACACUUUUGUUGUACCGUUGUAUUUAUUUAUUUAUUUUACGUGUCAGAUUUUUCCCAUAAGGUUUCAAUUUUGUUUUCUCAUUGUCAAUUUUUUGAAAUCUUUUUUUUUUUUUGUAGCUCUGGAACUCAUUUUCGAGUUUUUCCGUGGAUCUCACCCGACUUUUCACGCAAAAUCAAUUCAUUAUUCACCUGUAGUAGUAAGUAGUGCUGCUCGAUUUUGUUGGAUGAAUAUUUGUUGAAUGCAGACUUAGUACCACAGGCGUCGUCUUUUGAAGGUUUUCGAGUUCAAAGUGUAUCCCGAUUUUUGUUUGUUUUGGGCUCAACACCAAAGGCAGGACCUCGCCCGGUGAGUGACGUGGGAGUCGGGGAAUGAGAGUUGGCUGUUGUGAGCUGGUGUUCAGUGGUGUUUACCAAAUUUGGCCAAAAAGCAAAAAAAGUCUGCGAGAUAAAACGAGAUGAAGCCGUUGUAUCAUCGGUGUGCGUCAAGGUAGCGCAGUACGAUGUUUUCAUGUAUAAUAACAAAAGGAGAUGAUGAUCUAUGUAGCAUUUAGGGUCGACGCCGCGCCAGUCAUCCCCAAUGUGUUUCUAUUUAUUUAUUUCAUUUCUUUUUUAGGUAUUGUGGUUUCGAUGGGCUGUCUUCACUUCCAGACACACAAAUGUUUUUUAACCACGAUAGUUGUGCAAAAAUUAAUGUGGUAGCUGUGCAAGCGUCAAAUCAAUACCAGUUGUCAGCAUGAGACGCUUUUUUUUUAGGUUGUGUGAAGUGAAGAUAAAAAUUAGGGCCCGACCGAUUUAGCCUCAUUUCAUUAAUAGGCAGAUAGGAUCCGAAAAACGUUUUCUGUUCUGCCUGUAAUCAAUAAUCUUAUUGUUGUAAACAUUAAACAAGCAAAAAAAAAAAAAGUGAAUUUAUUGAUCUUUUUUUUUUUUUUUUUGAGUCAGUCAUAGGAAUUCUCUGACGGUAAACGUGGGAAUCCAUUUUGGUCGGGCCCGAAUUCGAUAUGCCCGUCCAGGCUUCGUCAUGGCUUCAUUUACGACCUGAGAAAAUCCAGUUUGUGGUAUUCCUUGCAAUUGUUUGCUGUGUUAGCCACGUGAUUGCCAUCUUGCCGAGUGCUUUUCUUUCAGCUUGCCUUCUUUCUCAGCAAACACGCAGACAGAUAGCAAUCGGCUACAACCGGGACUCAAGGUUCAAUCCUUCAAUCAUUCUUUCGGUGGUUAUUUGAUUGUUGGCCGUGUGCUACGACGAGUACAAUUGUGCGUGCGCGCGCACGCAGAUGGCAUCAGCACAUUGUACAGAAAAGCAACGGGAGCUAUUUUGUUCGAUUGGUGUCAAUAAAGUUGUAUUGUAAAUGUCCUA